UUUAUUUUUGUUUAUAUUUAUUAAUACGCUGUAAACAAUAUAAAUUUAAAUUAUAAAUACUCCGGAGGACCAUUUUUUUAUAAUUUGCUAAGCUACACUCUUCUUGUUUAAAUUGUGAUCUAUGACUUCUUUUAAUCCCGAUUUGUCAAAGCCCACAUGUCGAGUUUGUUUACAAAACAAUCCAUAUGAAGAAAUGUCUUCAAUUUUUGAUAUGGGCUCGGAUUUUGAUGAUUUGCAUAUCUACGAAAAAAUUGAACAAUGUGCUAAUAUUAAGAUAAUACAUCAUGAUAAAAUACCCACCUUAAUAUGCGGUCAAUGCUAUGGAUUUUUAAAAGUUUCCCAUAAAUUUCGAACUAUUUGUCGUAAUUCUAAUGAAUAUUUAAAAGAAUUUCUUGUUAGUGACAAUUCCAGUCCUCUACUGCCUGAGGAAUCUGCGCCCAAAGACAAUCCACUGGUAAUUGACAAAAACGCCACUAAAAAGAGAAGCCAACGAACACAGCACAAAACAAGACAAAAGCAGAAAGAUUCUUCCAACUCUCCUAUAAAAGAGUGCAUAAAAAGUAAAAAAGAUUUUAUAAAAGAUGAGAACGAUUCCAAUUUAGAAGAAUUCGAUGAUUUUCACAAUUUAGAUGAUGAUGAUGUUUGGUUGGAUCAGGAUUACCAAGAUGAUGAUGAUUCUGAUGUGUCAAUAGGAUCAUUAGAAUUAAAUGAAGCUGAAGAUUUCGAUAAACCUAAGAAAUCUCUUAAGAGCAACAAAAAAUCUACCGCAAAAACGAAAAAAGCAUUGAAAAAAACGUCAAAGACCCUGGAUAUCUCAUCUGAUGGUACUGCAAUUAUACGCGAGAAAAAACCCCGAGACAAAACGGAAAAGAAAUACAACCAACCACAUAUUUGCGAAAUUUGUGGUAAUAUAUACCAGCGUCGCUAUACUUUGGAUAUGCACAUGCGAAGACAUGGCGAUAAGAAAGAGUUUGAAUGCGAAAUAUGUAGCGAUGCGUUUCAUAGUAAUUUUGAAUUAAAUCGUCAUAUGAGAAAACACACGGGCUCUAAACCCUAUACAUGCAGUUAUUGUUCGCGAUCAUUUAGUGAUCAUUCAACUUUAACAAAACAUGAAAGAAUUCAUCGAAACGAAAGACCUUUUAAGUGUGAGACUUGUGGCAAGAGUUUUACCUAUUCGACUGUUUUAAAAUAUCACAUGUACAUACAUACUGGAGAAAAACCAUAUGCUUGUGAAAUCUGUGGCAAAUCUUUUAUAAGGAAACAUCAUUUGCGUGCUCAUUUGGAAACUUUACAACAUCAAAAUGAUCCGAGGUCUAAAAUACAACUGGCAAAUAUAACAGAAAAUAAUAUGGGCCCAUAAAAAUCUGUUGAAAUUAACGUUAAAAAAAGCAAAAACUGUGUAAAUUGUGUAAUUGUUUAUUAAAAUUUAUUUUCAUUCA